UGAAAGACUUUCCGCCGACGUCACUGCGUAUGUCCAUAAACAUAGCUGCAGCUGUCUAAGAGCUACAAUAACAACCUCUACCCAACAACUUAACCGCGGCUUUAAUGGUACCUGACAGCACCGCAGGCCGCCGAGUUUAAAAAAUGCGGCUUUCUUAACAACUCUGGCCUCCGUUUCUUCGUCCUCCGAGCCGAAAACUAGGUUAUCGUCGCAGCCACCGCCGCAAAACAAACACGGAGACUCGGUCGUAGAGGGAACAGGGCAGUGUGGGGCUGCAUCUCGGUCAGUGGGCCUGUUUCUGGCCGAAGCGGUGGUUUUGUUAUCCCGCAGUGUCCCGCUGCGCCUGUAAUUCUUUUGUAUACAUAUCGUGUAACCUGUUUAAACCGCCUUAACAUGCAGGGUAACGGGGCGGGACAGGGCCGAGAUUCAGAACUGUCCUGCCUAAACGGUGCACAGAACGGUGAGUCGUCCUCCACCGGGGUAGCUCACUCCAACGGACUUGUGUCAGUCACCAACAAUGGAAACACUGUUAGCGAUAACAACGGAGUGUCAGCCCAGUCUGCGCUCAACAACAUUAGCAGCACGUCGGAUGUCAAGAAGAAGAAGCAUCUGUCUCAGUCUGAGGAGGAUGUCAUCAGGCUGAUAGGACAACACCUACAUGACUUAGGGCUCAAUCAGACGGUGGACCUCCUGAUGCAGGAGUCUGGCUGCAGACUGGAGCACCCCUCUGCCACCAAGUUCCGCAAUCAUGUCAUGGAAGGAGAGUGGGACCAGGCUGAGAGUGAUCUGAAUGAGCUGAAGGCAUUGAUGCAUUCUCCAAGUGCUAUAGUGCGGAUGAAGUUCCUGCUGCAACAGCAGAAGUAUCUGGAGUAUUUGGAAGAUGGGAAGGUCCUGGAGGCCCUGCAGGUCCUCAGAGCCGAGCUCACUCCUCUCAAGUACAACACAGAGCGUAUCCACAUCCUGAGCGGGUACCUGAUGUGCAGUCAUGCAGAGGACCUGCGAGCCAAAGCAGAGUGGGAAGGCAAAGGCACGGUAUCCCGAACAAAGCUUCUGGACAAGCUCCAGACCUACCUGCCUCCCUCUGUGAUGCUGCCCCCUCGCCGUCUGCAGACUCUGCUGAAGCAGGCAGUGGAGCUGCAGAGGGAGCGCUGCCUCUACCACAACACCAAGCUUGACAGUGGACUGGACUCUGUUUCUCUGCUUCUGGACCACGCCUGUAGCCGGAAACAGUUACCCUGCUAUACUCAGCAGAUUCUCACUGAACACUGCAAUGAAGUCUGGUUCUGCAAGUUCUCCAACGAUGGUACAAAACUGGCAACAGGGUCCAAAGACACCACAGUCAUUGUGUGGCACGUUGACGUGGAAACCCAGCAGCUGAAGUUGAUGAAGGCUCUGGAGGGUCAUGCUUAUGGUGUUUCAUACCUGGCAUGGAGCCCUGAUGAUGCCUAUCUGAUAGCCUGCGGUCCUGAUGACUGCUCUGAGCUGUGGCUGUGGAAUAUACAGACAGGGGAGUUACGCACCAAGGUGAGUCAGUCUCAUGAGGAUAGCCUGACCAGCGUGGCCUGGAAUCCAGAUGGCAAACGCUUUGUCACUGGUGGCCAGAGAGGCCAGUUCUACCAGUGUGACUUGGAUGGAAACCUGCUGGACUCAUGGGAAGGUGUUCGAGUGCAGUGCCUGUGGUGUGUGAGUGACGGCCGGACAGUCCUUGCAUCUGACACCCACCGACGUAUCCGAGGAUACAACUUUGAGGACCUGACAGACAGAAACAUAGUGAAGGAGGACCGUCCCAUCAUGUCUUUCACUGUUUCCAAAAAUGGAAGGUUAGCUCUGCUCAAUGUUGCUUAUCAGGGAGUGCACCUUUGGGACCUGCAGGACCGGGUGCUGGUGAGGAAGUACCAAGGGGUCACCCAGGGCGUAUACACCAUCCACUCCUGCCUCGGAGGGCACAAUGAAGACUUCAUUGCUAGUGGCAGUGAAGACCACAAAGUUUACAUCUGGCACCGGCACAGUGAGCUUCCCAUUGCAGAGCUGACUGGUCACACCCGCACAGUCAACUGUGUGAGCUGGAACCCAGUCCUGCCCGGACUGCUGGCCAGCGCCUCAGACGAUGGAACCGUCCGAAUCUGGGGACCUGCCCCCUUCCUGGAUGUCCAGGAUGGAGAGGGGCUCAAUGUAUGUUGCAGCAUGGACAGCUGAUGAUCUGCUGGUGCUCUGAACCUGAGGAGUCUCAAGACUCUGUAGACACUUGAAUGGAUGAAGCUUGGGAAGCUUUGGUGAUUGGACAGCUGCUUCCUGGAGGCGGGGCUGGCAGUGCUCCGUGUCAGGAUGUCACCACUCAGAGAUGUCCGACUCAGUCACAUUACUAAGAGCAGAGCCAGCUAGAUAAAGCUGGGCUUCAGGACCUCCAGUAUCUGACCCACCUCCUCCUGUCUGGACCUCAGCACCAUCCAGGACCACCCACCUCCUCUUAUUUAUUAUCAGCUACAUUAUUUAUUCAUGAGUAGUUCACUGACUAGUGCUAGUCUUUGACGUACCAGUGACUGGUGGAGGCGUGUGUUCUUAAUUUUCUUCAGGUCUGUGUCUGAGCUGCUGAAAUGAAGAAGCUUCAGCUCUAUCCCUCUUUCAACUCCUGACCCUUUUAAGAGAUUUUAUCUGCAGAAACAUUUGAUGGCUGUAACACCCCCUUGAAGAGGAGGAUCUUUGAAAAUGCAUUUUUUUAAUGCAAAACACCUUCUGUUUUUUUUUUCUCCCUUCAGCUUUCCUGCGUAAAGAAGAAAGAUUAGUAUUUGAUGAGCACGUUGCAUAGGAUUGCACAGGGCAAUGUGUUUGAUAGCUAGCUUGUGUUUUACACUUGCAGUAUGUCCUGCUUAUCUACUAAAAUAUGUUGAGUUGUUGGCUGCCUUCUGAGAGUAUAUACAGCAGCUGAUGUGUGGAAGCCUAUAGAGUUCAAAGGAUUAUCUGUCAACCCUUACCUCUGCAUAUGGAUUAUCUGAGUGUAGUCACCUUUAUGCUGUCAGUUCGGAUUGGCUCUUUAUUUUGCUGUUACAUCUUUGCUCUGGCUUCACUAUUUGCUCUAUGUCUUUUUCUGUUGCAACCUGUUGCCACUUCUCCCUGCAUACAAACAACAUACUUCAUAUGAAUUUCUUUUAAUUUGGUUUAGUUGUUACGUGUUUUAAGUUUCAUUUAUCACUGUUUCUUUUUGAUUUACUACAAGUGGUGCUCUGACAUUCAAGGAUACACUCCCUGACCCAGUGAAGCCCCCAAGGCCCCAGCUCAACUGUCAACUGUUUUAUUCUCCGUUUCAUUCUGUCUUCAAAUUAUGUAAAAAGAUCAGAUCCAACAUUGUGUUCUGUCUGUUUCUCAAAACUUUCUGACUUCUCAACUGUCUGUAGCUCUCAGCUCCAAGCCCAUUGGUUCCUACUAAGGACAUGAAUUUUUAAAAACACCUCACAAAUAGUUUAAUUCUUAAAAAGGCUUGUUAAUUUCGUAAAACAGUUGCUCACUGUAGUGUUUAUCAAACUAACAGGAGAAAAUAAUGUAUUUGUAGGGAACUGAAAAUAGUGUUUUCAGGGCAGCAGGAUGGGGCAGAAGGAUGGUGUGUGUGGGACUGAGUCAAAAUAAACUAGUGUGUGUGUGCUCAUGGUAAUGAAGGAACAUGUCAACUAGUGCAACAGUGUGGCUCACUUAUGUGUUUUUCAUAGUUUGUGGGCAACAUUGGAGCUAUAUUGCACAGAGGAAUAAGAUUUAUCAUGCCUUGAUACACACACGUACAAUGCUUGUUAGUAGAAGACUGUCCGUGUUUCUUGGUCUGUAAAUGAGAUUUGUUCAUUAUUUUUAUUUAUUUUUUUUUUUAAUGGUAGCCUUAUCCUUUGAGUUCAACACAUUACCAGUGACCUGAGAGGACACACAGUAACAAAAUGUGUGUCUUUAACAGUCACUGUGUAACACAUUUGUACACAACUGUAACAUUCAGUAAUUAUGAACUUCUACAAGGUUUUUCCUGUCAGAUUUAAAAGAUCAGUCUUGCCUGAUAUGAUGUUUAAUGUAAUAUGUGCUGUAUAUUUGUAUGAUAUGGCAUGUAUUAUGGUUAGUUUCAGGGUUCCCACAACUGUUUUUACAGAUUUAAAAAAAAAUAGUGUUAGCUGCUCUUCAUACCAAAUAUUUUUGACUGUACUACUAUUGUAAUAUAAUACAAGUUGACAUUUUCACCUGCUAACACAAAUUUGUUUUGAGAUUCAGAAACUAGAGUUUAGCCAAAAUCAAAUUUCAUUCUGCUUAUUGUAACAUUUUUCCAAACUGCAUCUACAGAUUCUGUUGACAAGUUUAUUAGAAUGACAAUUCAUUUUCCAAAACCUUUCCAGUCCUGGAUGAUAACUACAGAACAGCGAGUACUAUGGGAACCCUGUUUAUCUGCCCAGGCACCGUCACCAGCUCAUCACAGAACACACACACUAGUGGCACACAACAAUAGAUGUCUCACACACACUUCUGAGUCAAUCACAGAUGUGACGGUCUAGCUUCUGUGACUUUCUUAAGGUUUUUUAUUCUGAGUAUUUCAGGCUUCGCUUUUCGCUGUAAGAAGCCAAAGUAGGAACUUUGUUUGCUUGCAGGCAAUUUCUGCCAGAAACAACUUUACAUUUUAAAUGUAUUAUUACAAAAAGUGAUUGUACUGUUCUGUAUUGUUCUGUAGGAGAAGUGUUAUGUAUUCAUAUUUUAAAUAAAGCAUUCAGGGUUUUAAAAUGUCA